AUGAGGCAUGCAUCCAUAUGGAUGUGUAUUCUGCUGACAUUCUACAACCUCCAAGUGACAACACUGGCGGCCAUCGUUCCACCACCAUGGAGCGAUCCGAACAAAAACCCCUGUGCUAGCCAACCGGGCGGCUGGCAACUUCUCUACUGGCCGCCACUAAAGCGAUGCUUUAAGAUAUUCCAACUAGGCUUCCCUUGCCCCGAUACGAUGGAGCUGAGCCCGGUCGGAGCUGGUUCUACGGGACUGGGCUCGACGGCCGAAUGUCGCUGUCCGCCGGGAACGGCUCAAUCGCCGCUGACCAAAAAAUGCCACAAGCUCUUCGAGCGUGGCCCGUGUGAGUUCGGUCAGUACUUUGCACCGAUCGCGGAUUCCGCAGGAAGAAGUGCCAUACCAAAACAACGCUGGGGCGUUUGUAAGUCGACGGAGAUUUGCGAUAACGGUAUGAUCUACUGGCCACAGGAUAACAAAUGUUAUCAAAUUCACGCUAAAGGACCCUGUCCUAAAGGGAAGCUUAUCAGCUUGGACAACAACGGAAUUGCCCGUUGUAAGUGCGAAAAUGAAGGCGACCUCAGCAACUACUUCUACGAGGACACAGAAACAUGCCACGAAUUUUUCACCAAAGGACCCUGCCUCGGAACUGGCGAGCUGUUUCUACCUUCGCGAAAAUGCUCCUGCCACGAGCGACUGCCACACUACCACAACGAAACGAACCAGUGCUACGAGCUAGGAACAAUUGGACCCUGUCCUUUCGGGCACACGUUCAUCGUGGCGGAUAGCAAACGGCAAUCAGAAGGAUCAAGCGGGACAACGUCAGGUGGCAUGAAAGCCGAAUGCCGCUGUAAGGAUGGGUACGUCCCAUGGAAGGAUGGUUACUGCUACAAACUCUACACCCAAGGUCCGUGUGAGUUCGGUUCGUUCGUCACCGAAUCCAACGUCUGCACCAUCAACCCAUGCGAGAAAGGUCGACUGUAUUUUCCGCAGGAAAAAACCUGUUACCGCAUCGGUUCGCAAGGUCCAUGCAGUCUGCAUCAAGUGGUCAUCUUCGAUUUCACGUCGCGACCCUCGCUAGAUGGUAUUUCGUACAACGGAAUGUGCGGUUGCUCAGGUGUGAUCUCGAACCUGGAUCAGUCCUGCACGGACGAAAGCGACCAAAUACCCCAAAGCGCAUGUGACAGUACACCCGAGAUGGUGGAAGUAAACCGACAGUGCUACAAACUGUACACACGUGGACCAUGUGGCCCUGGGCAGUGGUUGGAAGCGAAGAAAAUACCCACACGCAUACGAUCGGCGUCCUGCGUCUGCAGACCGGGAUACACGCCGUACGAACAACCGCUCGCGAACGGUGUUGUAGGCUGCCAGGCGCCUAGUGUCGGCAUUGCCAGAUGGUUCAUGAGCUUGCUUGGCUUUGGAACAUCCGACCCGGACGAAUACUGA